AUGACCUUGGAUGAUGAUAAAACUCGACUUCGUGCAUAUAUAAAUGAAAGACUUACUCUAAGUGGAGAAAAAGAAAAACUUAAAGACCUUUUACGAACCCGCCUGAGUGAAUGUGGCUGGAGUGAGGAACUAAAAAGCCAUUGCCGGGAUGUUAUUCGAGAUCGUGGAAUCGAAAACGUAACAGUAGACGACUUGGUAGCCGAAAUCACUCCUGUCGGUCGACGUAUGGUGCCAGACACAGUAAAACAAGAACUUCUGGAUGAAAUCCGAAGUUUUCUGAGCAAAGAAACAGAUAUACUCUGA